AUGGGAGACACAGAAAACACACUUCCACCUUCCAAGAAAAGAGCUGCUGGAAGAGAAUUAUCAAGAGAUAACCCUGGUCUUGAUGAUGAAGAAGGUGAUAUUCUUGAUCAAGAACCAGGCACAUUCAAGAAAGCUAGUGAAGAAGUACUAGCCAAUAGAAGAAUUGUAAAAGUCCGCAGAAAAACACCAUCUGCACCUUCAUCUAAUCCUUUUGCAUCAAUUCAGUUAAUACCCCCUACAGAUCCCACUCCUGUUACACUCACUAAUGUUGAAGAAACUGAAAAAACAGCUUCAGAAGUGGUGGAAAUAGAAUCUCAAGAUAAUGCAAAAAAAGAAACUGAAAAUCAAGAAGAUGGUGGUGAUCAACAACCUGAAAUCCAAAAAGAAGAGGCUGAGUGUGAGGCGAAAAAAGAGACUGAAAACAACAAAGUUGAGAAUGAUGAAAAAAGCAACAGCUUUAGCUCAUUCCAACACCUUUCAAGUAGCCAAAAUGCUUUCACUGGACUUGUAGGAACAGGGUUUUCAAGUUCAUCAUUUUCAUUUGGUUCAAUUACAAAAAGUGAGAAUCCGAGUUUCCCUUCUUUUGGUAGCAAUGGAAAUGAGAAAACCGAGGGAAACAAAUCCAUGCAAGAAGUCCAUGUGGAAACAGGUGAGGAGAAUGAAAGAGCUGUUUUCACAGCAGAUUCUGUGCUGUUUGAGUUUCUUGAUGGAGGGUGGAAAGAACGUGGGAAAGGGGAAUUGAAAGUGAAUGUUUCAAGAAGUGGAAUUGGGAAAGCCAGACUUGUGAUGAGAGCUAGAGGGAAUUACAGAUUGAUAUUGAAUGCGAGUAUCUUUCCUGAUAUGAAACUGACAAAUAUGGAGAAGAAAGGGAUCACAUUUGCUUGUUUGAAUAGCACAGGUGAAGAAGGGAAAGAUAGUCUUUCAACUUUUGCUUUGAAGUUUAAAGAUUCUUCUGUUGUUGAUGAGUUUCGUGCUAUGGUUACACAACACAAAGGCAAUACAGAUACAACAACAGCUGUUUCAUCUUUGAAGACCCCUGAAAAUUCUCCAUGA